GUUCAUAUAUUAUUGUUCGUACACAUCAGUAUCCAUUAUUGGCGCGAUACGUAAGAAUUAGCCGAAAACAACUUUGAUUUUUUCUUCGUCCAAUAAAUCAAAAACCAAUAUAAUAUGUUAAUUUUGGCUGUUUCCCGUGUUCCAAACGAAUCCGUAAAGACUCGGAACGCCUAAACCGUGUGUAUACGCAUGUCCGCCCGGUCCACGUCGAAUAUGCCGCCACCGUCCGCGCCACCAACGGCAUUCGGUGGGACUCACCAACAAUUUUCAACGUUCCAUGAAAAAUGCCAUUUGGAUCAGAUGUAGGUGCCCAAGUUUUCCCGUCGAACACAUUUUAUUUCAAUGUAGAAUGAAGCCGAACCGUGUAUGAACUCUGAAGCCGUCAGUCCGUGUUAUUAUUAUUAGACCGAUUCGAACAUUUUUAAAACGUCCGGCUCGUCGAGGACGAAUAAUUGUUUUUAUCAGCUCAAGUAUUGAAUAGCUAUGCUGUCCAAGCUCAGACUACUCAGACCGCCGGUUUCCCCGGGAGCCAGAAUAUUAAAUUCUUGGGAAAAUAAAAAUUAUAGUGAUAAAAAGAAUGGCGGUGGAAAAAACAAUAGAGGAAAGACUCCUCCAUUGAUACAGGUCAUUAAACCUGUUAAAAACAAUUUUUCAAAAAAAACCAAAAAAAUAUAUGAACCAGUCAAUAUACCUAAAAAAGAAACUAUAAUAUCAGAAUAUAAUGAAUAUCCUCUAAAAACGUGCCCUUUAGUGGCUAAGGAUGAAUUCUGUACCACUCCAAAUUCACCCACAUCAGCUCAUUCUUCAGAAUCUGAAAAAAAUGAUGGUUGGCAGAACGAUUCUAAAAAUAAACAGUCUUUUCGUAAUUGGAGUCUUUUUGGAGGAGCUAUUAUUCUAUCAGGAACAAUAUACGGUAUCUAUCAUUUUGACAUAAUGAAACAAAAACAAGAUGAUAACAAUACUACAAAAGAGACUACAAACGCAAAAAAAAUACGCAAACUGGUUCAAAUUCCUUCAUUAUCUGAGUCAAUACCUGACAGUAUACAGUAUUUGUUGAUUGGUGGAGGUACAGCUUCCUUUUCAGCAUUCCGAGCAAUCAAGUCGGCAGAUCCUACUGCCAGGGUUUUAGUAAUAUCAGCUGAAGGUUAUCUUCCUCAUAUGCGACCCCCAUUAUCUAAAGAAUUAUGGUAUGGUGAUGAUACUGAAAUGGCAAAGUCGUUAAACUUUCAUCAAUGGAAUGGUACAUCUAGAAGUCUAUUUUAUGAACCUGAACCAUUUUAUACACCUGUUGAAGAAUUAACCACUGCCAAAAAUGGUGGCAUAUCAUUAGCGCGAGGAUGGAAAGUUGAAUCAAUAAAUGUAUCAAAAAAAAAAGUGAAACUUAAUGAUGGCAAAGAAAUUAGUUAUGAUAAGUGCUUAAUAGCAACUGGUUCAGUUCCAAAAACAUUAAAAUUGUAUGAUGAUGCAAGUGAAGAACUAAAAAAUAAAUUCUCAGUAUUUCGGUCCAUCAGUGACUUUGAAGAUUUAUGGGAACAACUGGGUCAUAUAAAAUCUAUUGCCAUUAUUGGUGGUGGAUUUUUGGGAAGUGAACUUGCUGCUUCAUUGGCCAACAAAGGAAAAAAAAAUGGGGUUAAAAUUUAUCAAAUAUUUAAAGAACAGGGUAAUAUGGGAAAAGUUUUACCUAAAUAUCUUAGCCAUUGGACCACUGAAAAAGUUAGGAAUGAAGGAGUUGAAGUAGUGACGGAAACAGAGGUAGAAAACUGCAGUUUAGAAAAUAAUAAACAACAAGUCAACUUGAUAUUAAGUAAUGGGAAAAACAUAUCUGUUGAUCAUGUGAUAAUGGCAGUUGGUGCUAAACCUAACACUGAAUUAGCUACUGAUGCUGGAUUAGAAAUUGAUUCAAAACUUGAUGGUUAUUUAGUCAAUUCUGAAUUACAAGCAAGAACAGAUUUGUAUAUUGCUGGUGAUUGUGCUUGUUUUUAUGACAAACAGCUUGGAAGGAGGCGUGUUGAACAUCAUGAUCACGCUGUAAUCUCGGGCAGAUUAGCUGGUGAAAAUAUGGCUGGUGCUGCUAAACCAUAUCAACAUCAACCUAUGUUUUGGUCAGACAUUGGGCCUUCUGUGGGUUAUGAAGCAAUUGGAAUUGUCGAUUCGUCUCUAACAACAAUGGGUGUGUUUGCCAAAGGAAACCAUAAAGAUCCAUCACUUUUGGCUAAUGAAACUGACCAAAAUACCUCAACCAAUAAAAAAGAAAUAAAUGAAGAAUCAUUAUCCAAAAAUAAUGAAUCUAUUUCUGAAAAUGAUUACAACAAAGGUGUUGUUUUCUACUUGAAAAAUGAUGUGAUUGUUGGAAUUGUGUUAUGGAAUUUGUUUAAUAGAAUGUCUAUAGCACGCCAAGUGCUUAAAUCCGACAGAUGUUACAAAGAUCUCAAUGAAGUUGCUAAACUCUUCAAUAUUCAUGGUGAUUCUUCAUGAUGCCCAUACUAAAUUUAAAUGUUAUUUUAACAUUGUUUAACUGUUAUACUAGUAUUUUUAAUACUAGAUAGUAUGAUAAAAUAUGAAAUCUUUUCGUAUAUGUAAAAAUUAAUAUAUUUUUGUAUAGACUGAUUCUAUUCUAGAAUUUUUUAUUUCAUAUUUUAUUGACAUUCCUUCUGCAUAGAGUUGUUAUUUCACUAGUUAGUAAAAUGUUAUCACUGAUGCAAUGUUAUUAAUAAUCGUAUGAUACUUAAACAAUACAAUAUAGUGUCUUUA